AUGAUCGGAAGAUUCAUUGCUAGAAAUUACACUACAUCAAUAUUUCAAGAAAGUAAAAGAAUUGUUGAAUCAACAACACUUUCAAAUGGAUUAAAAGUAGUUAGUUUAGUUGGUGGAUAUACAGGACCAGCAGUAUCAUUAGGUCUUUACAUAAAGACAGGUAGCAGAAAUGAAACACAAGAGACUGCAGGUUUAAAUCAAGUUCUUAAGGGAUUAGCAUUUGAAUCAAACACCAACAAAUUAGGAAUUGAAGUACAAAGAGACAUUGAAGUCUCUGGUUCAACUGCAUUCGCUCAAGCAUCACGUGACAAUUUAUUGAUUGCACUUCAAACCUUACCAAACCGUUCACUUCAAAUGUUGAAUAAUUUAGCAAACAUCACCAAACCAACCCUUCCAUACCACGAGGUUCGUGAUGUCACCGAAAUCAUCGUUAAAGAAUCUGAAGCCUACAAUCACGAUUCAUACUCUUCAAUCUUUGAAUCUGUUCAUCAAACUGCUUUUCGUGGUAAAACCCUUGGUCGUCCAUUAGUUGCACCAAUUUGCAAUUUAGGUAACAUCACCAAAGAUGCCGUCACCAAUUGGGUAAAUUCAACUUACAAACCAUCAAAUAUGAUCUUGGUUGGUGUUGGUCUUUCACAUAAUGAAUUAAUUGAAGAAGCUGAAAAAGUUACUUUUGGUAAUGAUGAAUCAUCAACUUCAAUUUCAAAUGAAACUGCUCAAUAUAUUGGUGGUGAAUCACUUAAAUAUUCAAGUGGUAACUCUAAAGUUGUUCUUGCUUUUGAAGGUACUGCUCAAUCAAACAUUAAAGAUGUUGCUGCCUUUUCAGUUUUACAAUCAAUCUUAGGUAAUGGUUGUCCAAAGACUGCACCAGGUCAUGGUAGAACCUCAAGAUUAUUCAGUUUAACUAAAAAUAAUUCAAAUAUUGUUAAUUCUGAAGCAUUCAAUUUAACUUAUGGUGAUUCUGGUUUAUUCGGUGUUGUUGCUGAAGUUGAAGGUGCUACCGUUGGUAAGACUGUUUCAUUAAUUACCUCUGAAAUCGUUGCUGCCUCAAAGACUGCUGGUCAAGAAUUAGAACGUGCUAAAGCUGUCACUAAAUCAAGCGUUUUAGAACAAGCUGAAAGCAGAACCUCUGCCCUCGAAUUCAUUGGUAAACAAGCUAUCUAUACCGACAAAGUUUUAACUCCAGCUGAAUUUGCUGAAGAAAUCUCUAAAGUUACCUCUGAAGAUAUUAAAAGAGUUGCCAAGAAAAUGACCUCCAAAAAACCAACCCUCGUUGUUGUUGGUGAUGUCUCUGAUGCUCCAACUAUCGAAUCAGUUCAAUCACAACUUAAAUUGUAA